CAGCAGGCAUGGCCCUUGUCUCCCGUUGAUGGCGCACUGAGCAUGUGGUUUAUCUUCGCCAUUCUGGCUUCCACCUCUCUUUUCUCCUAACAUCAGUCGCCCGCACGUCUCUCGUCCCCAUCGAUUGAUUUCUUCGCUUUCCACUACCCUCCAGAACAGAGCCGGUGGUGAUCUUCGCGAUGGCUGUCGCAGACCAGCCUUCGGGCCUGAUGGAUAUCGCCAGCUCAUUGACGCAGGAUGAGAUUCCGUUCAAGCUGCGAUGCGCCAUUUGCAAUAAACUGGCUGUCAACGCUUUCCGCCUUCCUUGCUGCGACCAAGCCAUCUGCGAGAACUGCCAAGUGUCUCUCCCCGAAACAUGCCCCGUCUGCGCGCAUACUCCUCUCUCUUCUGAUCUAUGCAAACCGAACAAAGCCCUUCGAACUACCCUCAAGGCCUUCCUUCGCACCGAAGAAAAGAAGCGCGAGAAAGAACGGCAGUCGGCGACGCCGGCGACGCCCGCGGAUGCGACUCCAGCUCAACAGGAACUUCCGGCUGCAGCAACUGGUGCUGGGGAUCAGCCCGCAGAGGACGGUCCGGCAUCUGGCACUGCUCCUGUUGAUAAUGUCACUGAAGAGCCCACUACCGGAUCUAACGAUCCAGAGCCCAAUGCGGACAACGCCAUCAGCAGCGAACCUGCUGAGGCUUCUGCUCUGGGCGAAAAUGACGAGAAUUCUUCAGCGCCUCUACCGGAUCACUUAGAUGAGACCGCCCAAGACGGAGCUCAGGAGGAUGGUCCGACCGAUGAGAACCAAUCCGCUCAGGCCAACGAGGAAGAUGUCUCCCAGGGCGGGGAGCCGGGGUCAGUGCCUCCCAACGGUAUGGGCUUUAACGCGGGCGCCGGCAUGUUUCCCAACAUGGGCUGGAACGCCGGAAGCUUCAAUCCGAUGAGCCAGUACAUGAACAAUGGAAUGUUCAAUUUCCCUAUGGGAAUGCCUGGAAUGGCGAUGGACCCGAUGGCCGCGAAUCAGGGUAUGUUUGGGGGCUACGGGAUGAACAUGAAUGGUAUGAACAUGGGAAUGAGUUUCGACGCGGGUCAAGGGAUGUUUGGGGGAUGGGACGGCUCACAGAACAAUAUGUGGAAUGGAGGCCAAGAUAAAUUCAAUCCAAAUGCUUUCGCAAAUGGUAUGGGUCCGCAAUACGGGGGCCCCUCUGGCUUCGGUGGAUAUAAUAUGUCUCAACCCAACCUUGCUCAAAUGCAGCAGCAACAAUUCCCUAGCCAAGAUUAUCAGAACGGGUCGUAUGGCUCGGGGUAUGGCAGAGGCAAUUUUCGGGGUCGCGGUCGUGGUGGAUAUUUCCCUAGUGGCCGUGGCCGCGGCGGUCUUGCUGGUGGACAUAUGCAGGCCGCUUACCCCCCUAAUGCUAACUACCCAGCGUUCCCUAACCAUAAUGCCUCUAAUAUGAACCCGGACAUGGCGGCCGCUCAGUCGCAGGAUGGCGCUGCUGAUAUGUCUGGGGAGUUCGGUCAAGGAGACGCUCAGGAGGUCAACGAAUCAGCCCCCAACGGUGAAGUGGUCGACGCACAUGAUGAUAAUGUGCCCAAUGAUGGCACAGCCACCGAGGGAAAUGCUGAAAAUGGUGAAUCGAAUCCCACUGAUCCCAAUGCUGCUGCUGCUGCUGCUGCUGCUGCACAGGAGACUUCGGCACAGGAAGAGACCCAGCUUCAGGGGAUCCCCACCAUUGAUAGUCUAGACCAAGUCAAUGCCAUGCAGGCGAUGUCGAACUUCCCCAUGGGAAUGCCAGUGCCAGUGCCAGGUCCGAUGGGAGCUGGAUUUGGAAGAGGCGGAGGGUUCAUGCGUGGCGCUUUCUCCGGUGGAGGACGAGGAGGAGCUUCCUUCAUGGGAGCUGGUGUCAGCGCAAUGUACCCCGAGCCUCGCGGUCAAGGCGUGGAAGGCGCACCUGCCGCGCCUCGAGCCAUGCGAGAGGGUCUGCCCAACACCAGCGUUCUCCGACAGCGUAAUUUUCAGCUUCCUGGGGCACGAUCUGGGGCUUCAUCUGCGCAGCCCCCUAAUAGCGCAAGCGCUACGCCGACUCAGGACGAUCAGCGACCACGAUCAACCUCCCGCUCGAGAUCGCGACCGAGAUCGACAUCCAGAGCCAAGAGCCGGUCACGAUCCCCUCAGCCUUCUUCCCAACAGGACGGUCGUCGCUCGUAUCGGCAACGCUCCAUCAGCGUGGACAUGACCGGAGACGAUUCCGAGCGACGCCGCGAGCGGCCCAGAAGACCCCGUCGCGACGACAAGUACGACGAGGUGUCCGGUGCAGACGACGGCCAUCGCACCCGCUCUCCUUCGCGUGAUUCUCGCCGUUCGACUGCCCACGGCCGUCGCGACAGGGACCGGGACAGGCGCAAUGGUCGACGGUCGCAUCGCUCCCGUCGCCACCGCAGCUGGAGUCGCAGCCCCAACCGCAAUGGGGAUGAUGCCGCCACCACCGCCGCCGAUCGGCUCUCGGUCAUCCCUGAAGACAACGGCCGCAGCAAGAUGGGCGACAGCUAUCGGGCCAGUAGAGACCGCUCCAGCCGCUACGACGACGAGCGGGAUCGAGACCGUGACUCCAAGCGCCGUGAGCGAGACCGCGACUGGGACCGGGACCGCGAUCGUACUCGUGACCGCGACCGGGAUCGGGAUCGCUACCGUGAACGCGACAGAGAUAGAGAUCGGGAUCGUGAUCGGGACCGUGACCGAGACCGUGAUCGAGACCGCCGUGACCGGGAUCGGGACAGGGACCGUGACCGUGAUCGUGAUCGUGAUCGUGAUCGUGAUCGUGAUCGCGACAGGAAGCGCUCCCGCCGCGACCGCUCCGGAUCGCCUGCUGGCAGUGAAUACUCCUCUCGCCACCACUCCUCCCGAAGGGACAAACGAGGUCGUGACGACGAGGGUGGCGACCGCCUGCGCGAGAAGGCGACCACGGCCUCGGCCGCCGCCAAAUCGGGCGAGCCCGAGAAAGACCCUCACACCUUGGAGCGCGAAGCCCGGAACCGCGAGCGCAUGCUCAAAGAGCAACAGCGUCGCGAGGCCAUGCACGCAGACAGGGAUGGCGGCAAAUCCUCGUCGUCGCGGAAGCGGGACGGUCGCGGGAUGAGUGGUGGCCGCCGUCUCAGUUACAAGUAUGAGGAUGAGGAGACAAACGAUGCUCGUGCCGCCCGGGUGGAGAAGGAGAGAGAAGCAGGCCGGUGGUAGUUGUUCCCCUCCCUGCCUGACUGCCUUAUCAUGACUACGGUCGAAUCAAAGAGACAGCGCAUCUCUUUUCAUUGACUUACUUUCCGUCACAAUCUCCAGACUCAUCUCUUUCCCUCCCACCCCCCUUCCA